AUGGUCGCCGCAGAGAGCCCAAAGAGCAGCUCUGAAGGUGCUUCACGCAUCAUCAUGGCUUCUGAUGGAGAGAAAGGCCAGGCAAGACUGUCACCUGCGAGUGAUGAGGAACCUACGCUGGAGGUUCAGAAGGAGUUCGUCAUGGAUUCUGGAGCUGUUGCAUGGCUUCAGGUUCUCGGCAGCUGGAUUCUGUUCGCUAAUACUUGGGGCCUCAGCAACUCCUUCGGCGUCUUUCAAGCCUACUACUCCAACACCCUGCUCCCAGACACCAACCCCUCGACCAUCGCCUGGAUCGGCUCCAUUCAGAUCUUCCUCAUGAUGCUCAUCGGCGUAUGCGCCGGCUGGCUGCUGGAUGCGGGCUACCUACGCUUCAUCCUGAUCUGCGGCACCACCAUGACCUCCCUCGGCCUCUUCAUGCUCAGCCUGUGCACCACGUACUGGCAGAUCCUGUUGGCGCAGGCGUUCUGUGUCGGCACCGGCAGCGGUUUGCUGGGGCUUACCUGUGUUGCGGUGAUCCCGCUUUACUUUCGGAGGCGGAGGAUGGUCGCGACAGGUAUUGCUGCCACCGGAAGCAGUCUAGCGGGUAUCGUGUAUCCCAUCAUGGAGAGGCGCCUCAUCGCCUCCAUCGGGUUUUCUUGGGCCGUUAGAGUCUUUGCCUUUAUCGUUACGGCAAGUUUGCUAGUUUGCAUUGCCGUUAUGAGACUCAGGCCGAACCUGAAGCGUCGUGGUGCCCUCUUCCGCUUGAAGCAUUUUCAUGACGUGCCUUACGUUACGUUUUGCAUUGCCUUCGCCCUCAUGAUAGGGUCCGUGUACGUUCCAUUCUUCUACAUAGACGCAUACGCCAUCCGGCUAGGCGUCGACGAAGACACGUCCUUUUACAUCCUCAGCGCCAUGAACGCCGCGAGCCUCUUUGGGCGCCUCGCGCCCAACUGGCUCGCGGACAAGCACGGCGGAAUGAGCAUCAUGAUACCCUGCUGCUUCGGGUCCGCCGUCGUCCUCUUUCUCUUCCGCUUCGCGCAAAACUUGCCGGGCUUGAUUGCCAUAUCCAUCGUGUACGGCUUUGUUUCCGGAGGGAUGGUGUCCUUGCCGCCUGCCACCAUCGCGAACUUGACGGACGACUUGUCCGAGUACGGGACGAGGAUGGGUAUGGGAUACACGAUUGCGAGUUUCGGCGCCUUGAUUGGAAAUCCCAUUGGGGGAGCCGCGCAGAAGCCUCGAGGAGACUCGGCUGCGGAGGUUCAGAGGGAGUUUCAGGGGACUUGGAUAUUUGCGGGAGGAUUUAUGCUGGCUGCUGUGAUUUCGAUGGUUGUUUCAAAGUAUUUGCGAGUUGGGUCGGUUUUUCGAGGGAAGUGUUAG